AGCCAAAGCAAUUCAUUUCGUCUCAUUGCUUCAGCAGUGUCUACUCCCAGCUGUUAUCUAGCUUCUUUACACCAAAAUAUUCACAAUGGUUGCUCCAGACGCUCCCAACGGCACCCAUGGCAAGGCUGAUGCCCCAGAAGGGUCGCUCUCAACCACAACAACCCUCUACCAAGGGCCCCAGGACAGCAACCGCAAAUGGACUUGGCUCGACAAAGAGCCUGCCGAUGUCGCCGAAGCUGCAGAAAAUGCGCAGACCGCCCAGCACGCCCUCAUCACACGCCUGCAGAAAGCGCAGGAUUCACGGAAGAAGUACGAGAUCCACAGCCUCAUCGUGCAGUCACCAUGGCUAAAGGACGUACUUGAGAAGCACGUCUUGGAUGGCUACCCGGGAGUGUGUUGUUCGUUGAAGCGGUUGGAGUUCGAAGCGCCGUUCGAGCCGUUCGUACAUCGGUGGGCAAAAUUGUGUACGUUUCGCGAGAGGACGGACCUCGACGACAUCACUCGGCAGCAUAUCGAGCUCCUCUACGACGUUUUGCGAGAAGAGCUCAAGGAUGUCAUCAAGUCGUUUCAGGACUACGUGGAGAAGGGCGUCGUCACCUACGAGCAUGCCUGGACUAUCUUCCAGCCCGGCGACAUAAUUUUCUCCAGCUCUCACAAAGGCGCACCGAUGGCGUUGAAGUUGAGACGUGGAAAGUACAUCGAGACACAAUGCGGGAACGCGUACCAAUUGACCGCCGAAGCUGUCGACUGGAACGGUAGUCACUUCGGACGCAGUAUCGAGCAGAUCAAUAUUUGGGAAUUUCUUGGGACAACCAAGAUUGUAGGGCUAGCAGCACUGCCGUUGAGUUUCCACCCACAGAAGAAGGAAAUUCGCGAAAUUCUUGUGCAGCGCGGUAAGGCGUUCGAAGAGCUAGCCGGCUGCCACUACAAGGAGUAUGAUGGCUUCGCGGUGACGUGGGACAAGGAGGGCAAGGAGGUGUUGACCAACUGCUCCGGCCGUAUCAUCGUUGAUUCGGACACCUUCCGCCACUAUUCACCACGUUACGUAGGCCACAUAGAGCCGCUCGCCGCAAAAGAGGGUCUCCCUGAACCUGAGUGCGCUCCCAAAUCCUUCACUGUCGAUAUCCCAAAAGCAGCCAAGUACACUUUCGGUCAACCGAACGAGAUGGAAACAAAGCGUCUCCGUCUCACUCCGGAGCUGCAGCUCAUCUGCCUCCCCCGCGUGCGGGGAUACUCCCUCAAGAAGAAACAAUGGCUACUAUUCUACCUGGAUCUGAUAUCCAGCAUCAAGUUCGACGACAAUGCCUUCUCUUCGCUAGUCCUCCCAGAAGACCAGAAGGAGCUCAUCCUCUCCUUCGCAGAGUCACAAGCCAUGAACCAAGGCGUCUUCGACGACGUAAUCUCCGGCAAAGGACGUGGCCAUAUCACCCUCCUCAGCGGACCUCCAGGUGUAGGCAAGACCCUGACUGCGGAAUCAGUGGCAGAGCACAUGCAAGCGCCACUAUACAUGAUGUCCGCGGGCGAUCUAGGCAUCAACCCCGACCGCGUCGAGCGACAACUCACCAACAUCCUCGAAAUGGUCGCCAAAUGGCGCGCUGUCCUUCUCAUCGACGAAUGCGACGUCUUCCUCGAAGCCCGCUCUAUGCACUCCCUCGAGCGCAACAAGCUCGUCUCCAUCUUCCUUCGCGUGCUCGAGUAUUACGAGGGCAUCCUGUUCCUCACCACCAACCGCAUUGCCAACAUCGAUCCCGCGUUCCAGUCGCGCAUCCACGUCAGCAUGUCGUAUCCGGCGCUCACGGCGAGCUCGCGACGCACCAUCUGGGCGAACUUUGUGGAGGGGCUGGAAGUGCCGCAGGCGUGGGGCGAGGGGGAUUUGGAUGAGUUGGCAGAGGUAGAGCUGAACGGCAGGCAGAUCAAGAAUGUGCUCAAGAGUGCGGCGCUGUUGAGUGCGAGGCGGAAGGAGCCGCUGGGGAGGAGGUUUGUGGAUAUGGUGUUGGCGAUUGAGCGGAGAAGGCCUGGGGUGCAGGAGGCAUUCUAAGUUCAUAUAUACUUCGUCGCGGUCAUGCUACGAAUCACGAUGUGAUGAUCAAACACAUGGUCGUUCCAGCCAAAGUGCGUCUCCAACAUGCCGCAUCCAGCAAGUACAAAUACUUGCAUUACCUUCAGCCCAAACAAUGUCUUCGCUAUUUCACGCACGAAAAAGGAACUAAUCAGAACGAACCACUUCCAUAGGGUCGAGCUUGUCGGCGAUGCAAAAACAGGAUAAAAAGUCAGCAAAAAGGCAAAAACAAAACAGAGAAUCGAACCCGCGUAG